AUGUACGCAGGUGGAAAAUAUUGCGCUCCUCGGCAUUGCAGUUUCUAUAUCAUUGCAUUCCUUAUCUGCCAGUUGGUUUUCUUAGUGAUAUUUAUACGGAAUGAUCGCAAUGAUGAUAUAAUCGCCGGUGAACUGUUAGCUUACCAAAAUGAGAGUGUGGAUAACUACCUGAAUUGGCACGUAUUCAUAUCCCAUACACCAGAAACAUCGGAGGCUUUUUACCAAUACAAUAUUCAUUUAAGUAAUGCUGUGGGUCCUAUACGUAAGUUGCCCGUAACAAGGCAUUCUAGUUGCACUACACGUAAUUAUGUACUUCCUUCCCCUUUGGAGGCCAAUGUGAGUGUGGUGAUCAGUUUUCACAAUGAAGCGCGUUCUAUGUUGCUGCGCACCAUUGUUUCCCUGCUGAGUAGAACGCCGGAGGACUAUCUGCAUGAGCUAAUCCUUGUGGACGAUGGCAGUCAGCGGGAUGUGACCCUGCUGGAUGACCUCAAGCGAUGGAUGGGCGAAGUGUUUUGGUCGAAAUAUCGCCUGGGUCUCAUCUUCCUCAGGAACCAGGAGCGCAUGGGCCUGAUUUGGUCGCGCAACAGGGGCGCCUCCCUGGCCAGUGGACGUUAUGUGCUCUUCCUGGACAGCCACUGCGAGGUGAACGAGGGCUGGCUGGAGCCACUGCUAGAGCGACUGGCACGCAAUACCAAUCUGGCGGUUAGUCCACUACUUGACCCCAUUGACCCGACCACCCUGAGCUACCGGAAGGGCAAUGAGAUGCUGAAGGGUGGAUUUGACUGGUCCCUACACUUCCACUGGCUGAAACGACAGCUGGCCAACCAGGAGCGCCUGGAGAUGCCCUACCAGAGUCCUGUCUUCGCUGGCGGCGUAUUGAUGAUGUCACGCGACUGGUUCCUUAAGCUGGGCAGCUUCAACCCGUAUCUGAAGAUCUGGGGCGGCGAGUCCAUCGAGCUGGCCAUUAAAUUGUGGCUUUGCGGUGGACAAAUUGAGAUCGUGCCCUGCAGUCGAAUCGGACACAUCUUUCGCCGCCGCCACGCCUUCGACUUUCCACCGCAAUCCGACCGUCAGUUGAGCCCGGCCCAGGAAACCUAUCUGCACAACUCAAAAAUCAUAGCCGAGUCCUGGCUGGACGAGUAUAAAAAUAUGUUCUACGCACUGAGGCCGGCGGCCAGGCGAAUUCCACUGGAUCACACCUAUGAUGAGCUGCAGCGGAUACGGACGGAACGGCGGUGUCAUCCCUUCGAAUGGUAUCUGCGGCAUGUCAGCCCCGAACUAAGGAUGCACUUCGAUGAGCUGUCGGCCACGGGAACGUUGCGGAAUGAGGAUCGGUGUGUGCACGCCAGACAAAAGGACUCCCAGCCGAACCUGGCGAGCUGCUACCUCAGCGACAUCACCCAGUGGAGCAUGCUGCGCCAGAGUGGACAGCUGAGCACCCAUCGGGAGUUCUGUCUGGCUGUGGGGUUCGGAAUGCGAAUAGCACUGGAGGCGUGCGGGCGGAAUGAGACCGCGAGGAGGUCGCAGCGAUGGGUGCGCCUGGGCACCCAUCUCCUGCACGCCGAGACGCACCUGUGCCUGGAUAAUCCGCUCAAGGACCGAUUGGAGAUGAGCACCUGCCGCUCGCAUGCCGUAUCGCAGUCGUUUCAAUUUGCAUUGGAAAUGGAGGGGCAGACAUAAACUUGGCUAAUGAUACUGAAACUGAAUCCGAUAACGGCAACGAUACUGAUACUGAUUCGAUGAACCUGAGCCUCUUAGUUCCCGGGGCUCAGGUGGCUGAGUUUGUGUGCCGAAUCUCUGGGCAUGCAGGUAAAUCAAAACGCUGACAUGUUGUGCUAAUCUCUGUGAAACAUUUCCGCUGCCGGAGCGGCAUACCCAUAGAUUACGGAGGCUCCGGUUGAGGGGAAGCAGUAAAUUAUGGCGCCAUGGAUAUACGAAAAGGUGCUUCUGCACCCAACUCCAGUCGCUCUUUUUUCCCGCUCCGCAGCCUUUGUUGCCGGAGUCGGACUAUCAAGACUCGCAGCGCUUCCUGUCGCAUCCGUCACACGAGACAGGACACAAUGGUUUCGUGGGGCGGAGCGGGAGUUGGGGGCAGAUGUGGGGGCGUGGCCAGAUAAAAGCCAACGACGCCGCGCGUAUUGUGCGGCUUGUUUAGGCGGUCCUGUCAUCAGUCAGCGAACAAAAGCGAGGCAUCCUUCGGCUGCAAGGAGUCAGUCGCAAAUGUAAUUGAGUUGAUGACAAUGCCACUGACUGCCCGGCUCGCGCUUCCGGCAAUUUUGAUGGCCUCCGGAUGCCGGCGACAAAAAGCGGCGACUCCGGAAACAAGUCCAAAUAAAACAGGGACAGUGGCAGUUAGAGCAACAGUAGCAGAAAAUGCCAGCAGAAAACAGAAGUCCAUGGUGUGGCUGCCGUUGGAGAAUUUCCAAAGUGCAGUUGCAACUUAAGAUUUGUUUUGUUUCACCAUUCUUGAGGUAAU